UUAAAAUGAUGCUGAAAUUCGCGAUAGUGAGUUUUUGUAUCUUUUUGAUGAGCACUCAAGUGCUUGGAAAACAAAAAUACGUUAACGAAACAGCCAAUCCCGGUGAACUUUGCAACAGAGAGUGCCUUGAAAAUGAUCGUAAAGUCUGUUAUUUUAAGUUUAUCCUGGAACACUAUCAUACCCUUGGAACUGCGUGCAAAAAUUGUUCCAAAGGUAUUUUUGAAGAUUGUGAACAUCCACAAUGUAUUAUUGGUGACGGUGUCGAAAAAGGUGUAAUGAGUAUCAAUCGAAUGGUUCCUGGACCUGCGAUUCAUGUUUGCAAAGGAGACAUGAUUAUCAUCGAUGUUGUAAAUAAUGCCCAUGGAACUGCAGCAGCUCUGCAUUGGCACGGAAUGCAUAUGCGCAAGACACCUUACAUGGAUGGUGUUCCAUACACAACACAAUGUCCCAUUCAGUUUGCAUCAACUUUUAGAUAUUCGUUUGAGGCAUUAGAAGCAGGCACAAAGUUCUACCAUUCACAUUCAGGACACCACAAGACAAAUGGCCAGUACGGAGCUUUGAUCAUUCGAGAGCCAAAUAAGUUUGUUCCUCAAAUAAAUGAAUAUGACUUUGACCUUCCCGAACAUAAUAUAGUGAUUUCUGACUGGUCACAUGAUUAUGGCGAGAAUACAUUCCCAGGGCUAGUAUCAAAGUUGUCAGUUCCAGACUCCCUCUUGAUCAAUGGACGUGGUUCUUAUGUUGAUCCAAAAACUUUUAAAAUGAAAGAUGUCCCAGUUACGGUAUACUUUGUAGAGCCUGGUAAACGGUAUAGAUUCCGUGUAAUAAAUUCAGUCAGUCGCAAUUGCGCAGUUCAACUUCAGGUUAGGUCAGAACCAAUUGGUCAAUAUUCCUGCCUAUUGACUUUUUUUUGUUGUAGAUCGAAAGUCACCAUGACAGUAAUAUCUUCUGAUUCAUCAGAUGUAAAGCCAUUGCAAGUAAAUGUACUUGGCACAAACUCCGGCGAAAGGUACGAUUUUAUACUCACGGCAAAUAACACUAAAGGAGAUUUUUGGAUGAAAAUAGCUGCAAUGCAUCCAUUUGCUGAAUCAAACCUGUACACUUACGCUCUGUUGAGGUAUAAGACAGUUAACAUGACAAAUGACGAUCUUAAAGCACGACAACCACCUUUUCCAAGUGUUAACACAACUUAUACAUCAGAUAUCAAAUUGAACGAUCCACUAGCCGAUUGUUUGGGAAACAGCACAAGUUACUGCGUUACCGACCUAACUGCACUUGAUUCCAACGAAGAACUUCUAUCCAAAACUCCAGACCAUACUUUUUUCCUCGGGUUCGACAUUCAUCCCCAAAACAAUGAAGAAUUGUUCCGAAAGGGAAAUUUUGAGCAUUUCAUAACCAUAUUGGACGAUUUGACAGGAGUGGGAGGAAUCAAUAAUAUCAGUGUAACUUUUCCAGCAUCACCUCCAUUGACACAAUUAAAAGACAUUGACGAAUCUGAAUUUUGUGAUUCGAACAAAAAACCAAAACACUGCGAAGGCAAAAGUUUAUGUCCAUGCACACACGUACUAAAGGUUAAGAAAAACAGUAUUGUUGAGAUAAUUGUUGUCGAUGUGACGAACGCUAAUCCAAUUGGAAACCAUCAUCCAUUCCAUUUACAUGGGUAUAAUUUUAUGGUCACUGGACUUGGUCAACAUCCAUCGGGCAUUCCUAUGACUGUAGAUUUGGCUAAGAACAUGGAAAGAAGCAGAAGCAGUAAAUUACCAAGAAAUUACAAGAACAACAGGCCUCCAUUUAAGGAUACGGUUUCGAUUCCUGGGCGUGGGUAUGCAGUUUUGCGAUUCAAAGCUGAUAAUCCAGGAUUUUGGCUCAUGCAUUGUCAUUAUGAGUGGCAUCUUUCUGUUGGCAUGGGACUUAUUGUACAGGUUGGAACACCUAAACAAAUGGUUCCUGCACCCAAAGGAUUCCCAAAAUGCAACAACUAUAUUCCAAAAGUAAAAAUGUUUAAGUAGAAAUA